AUGCCCUUCUGGGCCUUGGCCUUCGCUGCCAGGCAGACCACUGCGGGAGCAGUUCAUCCUGCAGCAGAAACGGCCACACUUGUCCAGCGCCAGGAAUCGUGUAAAGAUUAUGUUUCAAGCGAACUCACAUUCCCAACACCUGCACCAGGUCUUCAGUCCAUCAGUGCCUGCAGCGUCCAAUUCUCCGAAAGAUCAAAAGUCACUGCAUACGCCGAUUAUCAUUCCUCAGUGGCGCAAUACUUCAAUCGCCUUGAAAGCAAGCUUUCGUCCUUAUCUUCUGCUACAAGCUGCGACGGGCCAUUCACUACAACAUAUCGCAACAUUUGCACCGGGAACAUUACUGAAGCACUUGUUGAAACAUCUACCGGGGGCCAGUAUACUGCCACCGUGACCAAUGCAAUCAUUAGAUCAUCACUGUCUUUACCUACUGGAGAAGUGGUCAUUGACUGGGCUAAAGUAUCGAAAACCUCGGACCAACCCGCAGCUUCUACGACUGGUAAUGGUGACAAUACAAAUGAUGGGGCAUCCAGAUACAAUAGUAGAGCGGGUGUAGCAAUAGGUAUUACUGCUGUUGGCUGUCUCUUGUUUGGCCUAUAG